AUGACAUCUGAAGACGCAGAUGUGUGGAAUAGUUUCAUCCAAUCCCUCGAUGUUGAUCCUGACAAAGCCAAGGGUAUUGAACAGCUUCCUGAAGAUCAAAAACGACAUCUUAUUCAGUCUUAUACUAUCAAGACUUCCAAGCACUCUGCCUACCACUAUGUGACAUUAAUUAGGGGUCUACGCAGCUAUCGUGGCAAUCUAUCGAAAUCGCGAAAAAACACCCUACAGACUGCGCGCGAUGUGCUUAACGCCACAGAAAUUUCUCUACGCACCAACAAUGUCUCGUGGGUCUACGAAUUCCUUGACAAGGGGGGCCUGCAAGCACUCCAGGAGUAUAUGUCGAAAACUGUCCGAAAUAUGCUUAGAAAUGGCAUACUGCCCCCUAACAUGUGCAGUCGCCACCGCGGUGUGCAUAGCUGCUCGUUCACCGGGGACGACAAGAGCGGAUCGGGGUACUUCGUCGUCGACUGUGACGAGGAGGUAUCUCGAGGUCUUUUCUGCCAUCGUGGGGGACACAGAAAGGGGAGUGGAGGUGGAGGAGGGGGGCGAAGCAACAGUCUCGACACCCGGCACCACCCAGCUGGACGAGACCUCUCCUACGACAGCGUGCAUCUUGGCGUCAAGUGCUACCGUGCACUCCUUAACAACCAGCGUGGAUGUACAAUGAUCUUCGAACACCCAGAUACCAUCAACACCAUCGCGUUGUGUCUGCUUCACCCAAGUUUUCAGACCAAAACCCUGGUGCUUGAGUUGCUCGCGGUGGUGUGCCUGAUCGUCGGUGGACACGACCGCGUGAUCGCGGCCUUCGACGAGAUCUGCCGUGAACUCGGUGAAAGUCGGCGUUUCGAGUCGCUGGUCUACUUCUUCCGAAACCACGAACACCUCCCUCCUGACGACUACAGCAUCGACUUCAUGGUGUCGUGUAUGCAAUUCAUCAACAUCGUCGUGCACUCUACGGACGACAUCGCUUUCCGUGUCUUCUUGCAGCAGGAAUUCACCUACCACAAGUUGGAUGAAUACCUCCAGCGAAUUUACGGCAAAGUGGGCGACCGACUGGGUCGUCAACUGGAGGCCUACCUGGACAACCACGUGGACGUGGCGAUGCUGCUGGAGGAUUCCCAGGCGAAGGAGGCGCUCCAAGCGGAGGUGGAAAUGCUGGACGCCGACCUGCUCACCGUUCAAGGCCAACUCGCCAGCACCCAGGCCGAGUACGCGGCCAGGACGCAGUCUUUUGAGGAGAAAAUCGCCGCAAUGCAAGCUCAAUUGACCAAACAAGAGGCCCUAAUCUCGAAUAACGAAGACGAAGUGAAAACUUUGCGCUCCCGUCUCGCUGAUCAGAAUUCCACCGCCUCGUCAACUGAAAAGCAGCUGCAGAACGAGAUCGACGAGUUGCGAGAGCAAUUACGGGCGGAACGCGAGCGCUCGAAGGCGGCUGUAGUGUCGCCGUCUGCGGUUUCGGCACCGCCACCACCACCUCCUGCCCCCACUUCUGCUCCCCCACCGCCACCACCACCUCCUCCCCUACCGCCGCCGCCGCCCCCAGCGCCUGGUCGACUAGGUGGUGCUCCUCCGCCUCCCGCCCCUCCUCCUCCCGGUCCCGGUUCCCAAGCUGUGCCAAUCAGACAGCCCUACCAGACACGCUACAAGCUGCCACUGAUGAAUUGGACCGUGCUGCGGAACCAGCAGCUACGCAACACCAUUUUCGUGGGCAUGAACGACGCCAAGGUCAUCGAGAGUCUGGACAUGGAGGGCUUCGAGGAGCUGUUCCGUCUCUCGAGCAACUCGAUCGCCUCGAAACAGAAGGGCGAUGAUGGCGCGACCGACGUCAGCGACAAUCGCAUGUCCGUGGCUGCCAAAAAACCCCCCAAGCAACGUCUCAUGGACGCCAAUCGACAGAGAUGCCUUGGAAUCCUGUUGCGGUACCUCGAGUCGGAGAAGUUCACCCUCAACAAGCUGUGGGAGAGUAUCACGAAUCUGGACGUGAGUCUGGACGUCGCCGAUCGCAUCAUCCACCAACUGCCGACCCAGGACGAGGCCAGGAUGUACCUCAACUACGAGUUCACCGAAUGCCUGCCGGUGGAUCAGCUCACGGACGAGGAUCGCCUGCUGCUGCACCUGUGCAAGAUCAACCGACUUGGACCCAAGCUGGAGGUGAUCAUUUUCAUGAACACCUUCGACACCACCUUGGCCUCGCUCUGUCCGCAUGGACAUGGCAAGUGUGGAUCAAAGGUCACACGUGCUUGCUCCGUGAUUGAGGUGUAUUUAAAAUGGAUAAAUUCUUGUAACGAAGUGGCUUCUGAGGCUGCCAACGUCUUUGAUAUUGAUACUGAUGCGUUGUCCAUCGAUUUUUUGCAGAAAAUAUCCGCUGUGAAUUCAGCCUCGUUCAACCUAAAGAAGAGUGAGAAGUUCAAGCGUGUGCUGGAGUUGGUUCUGGCGUUCGGCAACUACAUGAACAGCUGUCGACGCGGUGUGGCCUAUGGCUUCCGCUUGCAGAGUCUGGAUGUUCUUCUGGAGACUAAAACCGUGGACAGACAGACCACUCUGUUGCAUUACCUCGUCGAGACUAUCGAGUCGAACUUCCCCGAACUGAUCAACUUCUACGACGAACUCGAGGGAGUGACCGCGGCAGCUAGAGUGCCAAUGGAGGCGCUGACGUCGGAGGUGUCGGCGAUGGUGCACGGCAUGGACCAGGCGGACAAGGAGCUGAUCGCCGCGGGGCCCGCCGCGCCACAGCGCCUGGUGGCGUUCGUGCGCGACAACCAGCCGAAGGUGGCCGAGCUGCAGCAGAAGGCGGACACCGCCAAGGCCAUGUUCGCCCAGACCAUCGAGUGGUUCGGCGAGGCGCAGAACAAACUCAGUCCGGAGGUGUUCUUUGGCUGCGUGGUCAAAUUCAUCCAGCAGUUCAAGGUGGGUUUGGGUCGAUUCUUUUUGCUGCGUCUCUGCAUGACUCACGCGAACAUGGCAGUUUUCGUGAUUCACCCUGUCUCCCGCCCAAGUGUGACUCAUCGCCGUCAAAAGUGUCACCACGCGCACUGGCCGGAAUUUAAAAUCCAAGCCGAGUUGGAGAUGCGACGGCGCGCUGACGAUGCGCAGACGGCCAGGAGACCCUCGGAUGCUUCGCUUUGCAACGGGAACGGUUCUGCGCAGGGCGGCGUGUCUGGUUCCUCGCGCCAACGCAAACCCAAAGAGCGGAUUCUCGCACAGGAAGCGCGACUCGCGAAACGACGCAUUCAGAAUCGCACAAGACAGAUCAACGGCGACGGUAUGAUGGACGAAAUCCUAGCAGGCUUAAUUCGCUCUCUCUCUCUGUUUCUUUCCCUCCAACUCGCUGACUCGGGGUUCGUUUGUGUCCUGUGUCGUGUGUGCGUGUCUACUAAACCCCCAGAAAUCCAAGACCUCUGA